ACUGCGCAAGGGCUGACAACCCUGUUUUCUACACCACCAAAAACAAUUUCCAGAAAAUUUUUACCAACGCGAAAACGUUUUUUGCCCCAAACGUCUUGAAAAUCAAUAAAAAGUAAAAGCUAUGGACUUCCAGAACCGCGCCGGCGGCAAGACCGGCAGCGGAGGCGUGGCCUCCUGGUCGGAGACGAACCGCGACCGCAAGGAGCGCCUCCGGCAACUGGCCCUCGAGACCAUCGAUCUGAACAAGGACCCGUACUUCAUGAAGAACCACUUGGGUUCCUACGAGUGCAAAUUGUGUCUGACGCUGCACAACAACGAGGGUAGCUACUUGGCCCACACGCAGGGCAAGAAGCACCAGGAGAAUCUAGCCCGGAGAGCCGCCAAGGAGGCCAAAGAGGCGCCCUCAUCGCUGCUGGCGCCGGAGAAGCCCCGCGUGGAACCGAAGAAGUUCGUGAAGAUCGGACGACCCGGCUACCGGGUGACCAAGCAGCGGGAGCUUAGCAACGGCCAGCAGUCGCUGCUCUUCCAAAUCGACUAUCCGGAGAUCACGGAGAACAUCGUACCUCGUCACCGCUUUAUGUCCGCCUACGAGCAGAAGAUCGAGCCCCCGGAUCGCAAAUGGCAGUACCUUCUGUUCGCCUCCGAGCCAUAUGAGACCAUUGGAUUCAAGGUUCCCUCGCGGGAGGUGGAGAAGAGUGAGGGCAAAUUCUGGACGCACUGGAACCGCGACACAAAGCAGUUCUUCCUGCAGUUCGCCUUCAAAUUCGAACCUAAGAUAAUGCCGCCACCGCCACCGAACCUUCAUCGCGCGCUGGGACCGCCCGGCGGAUUCCCCAUGCCGGGUCCACCACGUCCCGCCAUGCAUCCCAUGUUCAAUGGCGUCCCUCCACCGCCACCCAUGUAAUCAAGAAAUCUAACUAACCAUUGGCUUCACUGGAAUCUUUGCAGUUCUGACAAGGUAAUCACCAUUAAUUAAGAGACUGCAGCAAAGUCCGGUUACCCUUCAAAUAAUAAACCAUUUUACACAUAAUACAACUCGAGUGCUUUGUAUUUUUGUUUCCGACUUAAUAAACUGAAAAAAUAUU